AACCAGCAAACACCAACUCCAACGUUUGCCGCGAGCAAGUCCUGCCCUAAUUGUCAGACCCUGCUGCUGCUCUACCAAGAUAGAGAGAGGGGAAGCGAUGGAAACAAGCAAUUCCGGUGGCGCCUCCCUUCCUCGGAACCCUAACGAUCGCGUCAAGCUCAACGUCGGCGGAAAGCUCUUCGAGACCACGGUCCUCACUCUCCGAUCCGGCGGCACGGAUUCCCUCCUCGCAGCCCUCUCCCUCCGCGCCGCCUCCGCUCCCCGAGACGACCCCCCACCCAUCUUCAUCGACCGCGACCCUGAGAUUUUCUCCGCCCUCCUCUCCCUCCUCCGCUCCGGUUGUCUACCCUCCGCCGCCCUCCGCAGCUUCUCCAAGCAGGACCUCAUCGACGAGGCUCUCUUUUACGGAGUCGACGGCCGGCUUCGCUCCGCCUUGUCCCCGCCGCCACUCGUUGGGUUCGACGCCGUGCUCGCCUCCACCAUCCGCCCCGCGUCGGACGCCAUUCCCACCGCUUUGUCCGCCGGAUUCGAGGACGGCUCCGUCUGGGUCGCCCAUGGCGGUCAGAUCUCCGCCUACGACUGGAGCCUUGCCCACGCCGGUACCAUUCGAACCCAUCUUGACGAGAUCACUGCAAUCGGACGCGUGUGGCCAGAGGUUGCCGCGACCGGCUCCUUGGAAUCCCCUGGCCUACAUUUCUAUGACGUCUCCGGCGGCAAACAUGUCGGAUCAGUCCAUUGGUCGGAUCCGGGCGAUCCACGCAUCUACAAGGCGCGGGUGACCGCGAUUGCUGCUGGGUGGUCCAGCAACGACCCUCUCUACGCCGCGUUCGAAUGCCCCCACCGGGAGAACUGCAUCCUGGCAGUCGACCCGGCGACGCUGGGACCGGCAGAGACGAUCGGGCGGCAGAACGGAGGCGCGGCGAAGACGGCGUCGCCGGGGCGACUGGUGCACGUGCGCGAGCGAGGGCUGGUCUUCGCGGCGGCCGUGAGCGCGGGGGCGUUUGGCUAUGCCGGCUACAUGCGGUUGUGGGACCCGCGGUCGGGGAAGGCGGUGUGGGAAACGAGCGAGCCCGGCGGUGGCAGCAACACGCAGCGGUACGGCGACGCGUUCUCCGACGUGGACGUGGACCGAGAGGGUUCAGCCAUCUACAAGGUAUGUUGGCGAUCGGGGGACGUGGCAGUUGCCGACAUGCGGCGGCUGGGGGAGGAUCCUUGGGUGUACCUGAAAGAUAAGAGCGCCACCGCGGGGGUGAGGAGCGUCGGCGAAGGGGUCAAGAGUGUGAUCCGUUGCUAUAAGCAGCAAGUGUUCGUGGGCAAGGAGGGGGGAUUGGAGGUGUGGUCGCAGAUAACGGAGGGCGAAGAAGGCAGGCAGCGGAACGAGGACGACGUUAGUGCUGGCGCGACGUAUCGAAGGAACUUCGUCGACAAGGAGGAGGAUGUUAAACGAGGGCGGAUAGGGGCAAUGGAAGCCUGCGGCAAUCGGCUGUUUGUGAGCAGGAUAGGAGUGGAGGGAGUAGAGGUAUGGGAGAGUUCCGAUCUGUCCGGCGCCAUCUCCAUUUUGUAGAAAAGCCUGUGCUUGUUAUUGGCAUGCCCAAUCAAAAGCAAGCUUGUUCGGUUCUUUUCUGCUCAACAUACUUUGUAUUCACAGCAUGAGAAUGAAACUCCUUGGCCAAUUUAAUUGCGUUACA